UAUUUUAGUGCCAUCCAACUUAAAAUACUAGGUCAUAUCAUAUUAUGAGGUAAUAAUGUGUUUUGAUGCAUAUUUUCAAAUUAUGUUUUAUAUGUUUGUUGGGAUAUUUAAGUGUUUUCUAUAUUAAAUUGUUUGGGUACAAUUAUAGACUUACCUAUGUAAAUGCAUUUGACAUUUGGCACUAAAGCAGAAUAUAAAAGUCAUUUGAAACCGCUGUAAAUCUGUGUCUAUCUCUAAGAAGGGAAAUAAAAACAAUUUGCGUGCUCCAAAUUUUUCUCAGCAAUCAACCACAAACUGUCGCUAGAAAAACUGCUGUAAUGUGGUCAAAAUCUGGAUGAGUUUAAGACCCUGAGCUAUUCUCUUUCAUGAAAUCUACCAAGUCAAUAAACUGAAAGUCAAUUCAGUGAAAACAAAACAUCCAGAGAACGAGUUAAAUAAUCCAAGAUUCAAACAAGAAUUAGCCUAAAUAUCACCAUUGGCCUACAACAACAAAAAGAUGGCGAGUUCAAGUAGGCUAAUAAAUCAUUAUAUGCCAAAGUUUUUUUCCACUGAGCAAAAUGAGGAACAACUACACUCUCCUUUGACAUUAAGGUCAUGCAACGCGUCACUUCUUUGGUAUCCCCUUUUUAAAUGACAUGAGUGGGGUCCCGAAACCAGACACCCCAAGCCCCCCAUGCAAGACCUCUGGGCAUCCUUACAUGGAUUGUUACAUCACGAGCCAGGCACCCACCUUUUUAGAGUGAUGACGUAGCCUCGUAGAAGCGUGAGGAGGGGGGCUAGGGUGUCCCGUCGGCACGAGCGCAGAUAGCAGGCAACAGCUGCAGCGCGAUCCUCGUUCAAUUUCACAGCGUUGCAUAUAGCAUUUUUUCACGAUUUCAUCUCAGAACAUAGAAGAGCUACACCCCAAUAACCGGUCAAAAUGGUUGAUCGCGAGCAGCUGGUACAAAAAGCCAGGCUUGCCGAACAAGCUGAAAGAUAUGAUGAUAUGGCAGCUGCCAUGAAAUCGGUGACAGAGCUGAAUGAGGCCCUGUCGAACGAGGAGAGGAACCUGCUGUCGGUGGCCUACAAGAACGUAGUCGGUGCCCGGCGCUCCUCCUGGCGCGUCAUCUCUAGCAUUGAGCAGAAAACCUCGGCUGAUGGCAAUGAGAAAAAGAUCGAGAUGGUGCGCGCCUACCGCGAGAAGAUCGAGAAGGAGCUGGAGGCCGUGUGCCAGGACGUGCUCAACCUGCUGGACAACUUCCUGAUCAAGAACUGCAGCGAGACCCAGCACGAGAGCAAGGUGUUCUACCUGAAGAUGAAGGGCGACUACUACCGCUACCUGGCUGAGGUGGCCACGGGUGAGAAGCGAGCCACCGUGGUUGAGUCCUCGGAGAAGGCCUACAACGAGGCGCACGAGAUCAGCAAGGAGCACAUGCAGCCGACCCACCCCAUCCGGCUGGGCCUGGCGCUCAACUACUCCGUCUUCUACUACGAGAUCCAGAAUGCACCUGAGCAGGCCUGCCACCUGGCUAAGACCGCCUUUGACGACGCUAUCGCCGAGCUGGACACCCUCAACGAAGACUCCUACAAAGACUCGACCCUCAUCAUGCAGCUGCUCCGAGACAACCUCACGCUGUGGACCAGUGACCAGCAAGACGAUGAGGGAGGGGAGGGCAACAACUAAAAAAAAGAGGGGGCUUUACUCUCUUUUCUGGGGAAGAGAACGAAAUUGAAAAAAAAAUGUUUUGUUGACAUCGACGACAUUAAAAAGAUAAAUAAUAUGGCUGGUGGAACUCUUGGUGGCAGCAGCUUUUGGCCGAUCGUUUCCACGGCGGCAGCAGUUCUUUAUUUUUCCACAAGUUAAAAGAAAAAAAAAUCGAGGCGAAGGGGGAGGGGGGUGGUGGUCGGUGGGUUGAAGUCUUAGUUUGAAUAUAUAUAGAAAUAUAUCUAUAUGAAUAUAUAUAGUUGAGUGGGUCUCCCUCUUCUUGAUUAUCUUUUGACGUUUGCCAAAACCACUGAAAAUGACAGUCAGUCAGGUGUGGUGCUUGUUGGAUUGGAGUGGCAGCCUUAGACUGGCUUAUGGGCUGAUGUAGUUCAAACGGAAGCUGCUUAGUAAUCUUUUUGGGGUAGUAGACAUGCAUUUGAAAGAGGUCUGAUGUUUAAAAAAAAUAUCACAAAAAAUAAACACUUGAAUGCGACAGUUAAAAAAAGAAAUAGUUGUCAGUGGACCUAGUAAAACAUUUAGACAUUUACAGAAUACACAGUAAAAUUUGAAGGAUAAAAAUACAUAUUUCCCCCUCGUAUUCUAAAUCAUGUUCUCAAUUGACUUAUAGUCAAUAGUGUUUAUCCCACAGAGGUGGAUGUGCCAUGUUUAGUCAAAUUCAACUCUUUUUUGAGCAAAUAGAGUUGAUGAACCUGAAAAGAAUGACUGGGCCAUUUGCAUCCCUUUUGAGAGUUUCCCUGUGGAUCUCUCACAGAAUGUUGUUACUGGGCCCACUGACUACUUUCAAGGUCAAGGUAGAAUUACUGGUGAAGACUUUAACUGUUAACAAUAGAAAAUAGGAAAAAAAUACAGCAGCUUCAAGAGUUUGUGGUUUACUUCUGUGUUUAAUUUAUUUUUGCACUUGCCUACUAAACUGUUUUGUCAGUGUAAGAUAAUUACAACAAUAUUAUCAAUGAUUCAAUAUUGUGCAUGCCGGUGAUGUAUUUAUAAAAUAGCUUGACUUUAUUAACUUAUACCUUGGGUGUUAUGUAUUCAUAUGGUUAAGAAGUAAAUGGGCUUCAAAUUGAUUAUUUAUAAUUUAUAACUUUUUAUUGAUUUUAUUUUGUUUUUAAUUUGCUAUACCAAAAUUGUGAUUGUUAACAAUAAAUCAAUCUGUUAUGAGCGUUGCUGUUGUGACAUGGAACAUGUUUUUUUUUCCUUUUGUUGAACUAAAAUUUUAAGAGGUUGAAGGAAAAAAAGAAAAAUACACCGGUGAUUAUCUUAUCUGCUGGUGUCUGUCAUUGUUAAAAAAAAUUAUGAUGAUGACAUUGUUUAAACAAUCUUUUGUUCUAAGAAAAGUAUAUGAGUGCUUUUCCUGUCAUGUUAUGCAAUGAAACAUGUACGGUUUAAACGAUCGUGAAGUGUGUCUGUAAGGGACUAACACCAUGGACCAUAAUUUAUUUCCUGGCAGUAUACACAUCUUUUUUUCUUUGUAUUUUUGUUUGUUUGUUUGUUUUUUAACCUUAUAGCUGUCUCCUGAGUGACAAAAAUCUUGAAUGUGAGUCAUUAUGUAGCAGUUGCACACAAGCCUAAGUAAUGAUAAAUAUGAUAAAUAAAAAAGAAUUUGACAAGGUUACAAACACAACCCCUGGUUCCCACUGGUCAUGUCUACUGUUCUGCUGUCAUUUUGCAAACGAGCAAAAGGGGAAAAAAAUUGCUAAAACAAGACAGACAAGAUAUCAGAAUGCUGUUCUUUUGUUUGUUGUGUUUGUUUUGUUUUUCUGUUUUGUUAUUGUAAGUUAUUUUUGUAAAACUUUAUCAUUUGUGUGCCUGACAUUCUAUUUUAUUUCAGCCUUAAAGAAGCAUAUGCACCAUGUCACGCAACAACACAUUCUGUUGUGUUUGUGUAUUUUCAUGUUUCUCUUGGUUUCGUUCGUUUAAACCUCUGUGCCAUUGAUUUUUAUUGAUCAGUAGCCAAUUGGAUAACUGAAUUUUCAGUGAGGAUUAUGCAAAAUCUGACAAGGAGCUACUUUAUGUUUAGUUCUGUUGUGUUUUAUUUCAUUCAUUCAUGACUGCACAGUUUCCAAUAGUGGGGCCUCAGCCAUGAUGCCAGCAUAAGCCUGGCGAAUUUGUUCUCUGUUUUUAAAUUUUUUGUGUUUGUUAUGUUUUAAGCACAUUAGCAACACUGAUAACAUCCAGUCAUAAUACAAGCAAACGUACACAUACGCAAUUUAACUAAAUAAUGACUCAAACAAGAACACCUCGGGCGCAUGGCUGGGCUGGUGACAGGCACACAGUUUGGAUUGUAGUGUUCCGCACAUAUUCAAUAAAUACCUCAGGUCUUGUCUCUCAAA